UAGCAAUUAAAAAAUAUAAUUAGAAUUAUUUUUAUUUUUGUUUAAAAUGACAACAUUGUGAAAAGAAAUCCUUUUUGUGCUCAUCAUUGCAUUGACGAGCUGACAGUCUCAGCAUUUUAUUUUGAAGACUCGAACAAAGGUAUUGCAUCCCCGCCCUCUUCUUCGACUGCUCGGCAGCUUCAUCGUGAGGGCCAGGAAGUAAACCAUUGUGCUUUUAAAAUAAAACAAAUCCGAAUUUAUACGUACGAAGAUGCUUUACUGAAGAAAAUGUCAUUGGCGUUAUUUAACUCAUUUAUACAAGUGAAUUUCAGCGAAGCACCGUCUGUAAAACGCUUCAAGUGAGUCUGAGAUACAAGAUGACCAAAUAAUCGAUAAAAAUUAAGGGGCACCGGCCAGUGCGGAAGGUUCAGCCGAGAGCGGUGGAAGGAAGACCGGCCAGGGAAGCCUCUUCCCGUGGUGGGCGUACACGCUUUCACCUCCAGCUUGUCAUCAGCUGGAUAGGAGCGGGACCAGAGUGGAGGCUCGCUCGGGGUAAGCCAAAGGUCUUCACGGCGGGUUCCCCGGAGGAGGUACCGGAGCUCCAAGCCUGGAUGAACGGGGAGUACCUGAACACGGUGGUGUGUGCGUGUGGGGUGGAGGUGGUGGCGGCGGCGGCGGGGGAAGCUCUCUGCAGCAUCCGAGCGGGAGCACCGGCAGCAUGCCCCCGCGGUGAAACGAGCGUGCACGGAGCUUGAAUUGAUGGAAGAUUGCGGUCGUGGCUGGCCCGACAUCGUCGUGCAGCACUCGUGUCCGGGAUGGGGAAGGAGCAGGAGCUGCUGGAGGCCGCCCGCACCGGGAACGUGGCCGUGGUGGAGAAGCUGCUGAGCGGCAAGAGGGGCUUGCUGGGCUCGGGCUCCGGUUCCAUUCCGCUGCCCAACCUGCUGAGCAUCUGGAAGGGCCUCAACGUCAACUGCACGGACAGCUCGGGAUACACGCCGCUGCAUCACGCCGCGCUCAACGGACACAGGGAGGUGGUGCUGAAGCUGCUCCAGUUCGAGGCCUCGGCCAACGUGGCCGACAGCAAGGGCUGCGUCCCGCUGCACUUGGCCGCCUGGCGGGGUGACGUGGACAUUGUGCGCAUCCUCAUCCGACACGGGCUUUCGCCCUGCCAAGUCAACCAGCAGAACCACGAGCGGGAGACGGCGCUGCACUGCGCGGCGCAGUACGGCCACUCGGAGGUGGUGUCGGUGCUGCUCCAGGAGCUGACGGACCCCACCAUGAGGAACAGCCGGCAGGAGACCCCCUUGGACCUGGCAGCGCUCUAUGGACGCCUACAGGUGGUGUGCAUGCUGGUGAGCGCUCACCCCAACCUGAUGGUGGUGCGCGGGCGGCACCACACGCCGCUCCACCUGGCCGCGCGUAACGGACACCGCAGCACGGCGCAAACGCUGCUAGAGGCCGGCAUGGACGUCAACUGCGUGACGGAGAACGGCAGCGCCCUCCACGAGGCCGCCCUCUUCGGCAAGACGGACGUCGUUCGCCUUCUGCUCGACUCAGGGAUCGACACAAAUCUGAGAGACAGCCAGGGAAGAACAGCUUUGGACAUCCUCAAAGAACACCCUGCGGUGAAAUCUCAGCAGAUCACCGCUCUUAUCCAGGAAUAUGUGACGGAGGAGACGGAGCGCCGUAGCAUGGAGGAGGAGCCCGUCCGCAAGUGUCCCGUCCCGGCGCCGCGAACCUCCAUCUCCUCGCCCUCGGCCUCGCCCUCCCUCAGGCACAAGAACGAUGCGGUGACCAGCGAACUGUCCAAGCUGCUACACGAGAUCAAAAGGUGCCGCGACUACUCUUUCGAGGAGCUGUGCCACACCAUCUCCUCGCACUCCAUGGACAGCUUCGGCAGCGGGCGUCUGUCGGACGAAGAGCGAGCAGACGUGCCUGACUGCACCCUGACCCGCGCCGGCCAGCAUCCGAGCCUGCCCCUCGCCGCGACCCCCGAGGACGACGACGAGCGGGACGAGAGGAGUUGCGGCCCCGCCGGAUUCUGGGAGGCGUUGACCCCCUGCAACGGCUGCCACAACCUGGGCUUCUCCAACCUGUCGCAGGAUCACAAGCGUUCGGGAGAGUCGCCGGCCUCGCCGUCGCUGGACGUGUUCCCGCCCGAGGACGAGGACAACCCCUACGAGUUGGUGACCACCGCCGUCACGCGCAAGCCCUGCUCGCUGGACGUGGGCCAGCGUCCCGACGCCGCGCCCCGUAACGGUCACUUGUCCCAUGGAGCCAGCCAGAGGGGGGGCGGUGACCAUGGCAACCACUCCACGGGCCCCACUCCAGACUGCUCGCCCCCCUCCCCUGACACAGCCCUGAAGAACAUCGAAAGAGUCAUCCGCCCACAGCCCAAACAGCGCACGUCGCUGUCGUCCUCGCUGGACGUCCAGCGGCCCGUCAACCACAGCUGCGAGCCCAGCGAGGUCAGUUCGUCCCUGGGCUACGCCAGCUUCAGCACCAGCCCCCCGGCCAGCCCCCCGCUCAGCCCCAGCCAGGACCGGGACUCCAACGACGGGUCCAACGACGAGCGUACCCCGGCAGACGACGGGCCUUAUCAUCGCGACCCGCCGCUAGAAGAUCGGCGGAAGAGUCGCAUCCCGGAGGAGUUCGCGGGCCUCCUCCACGGGUCCUCCCCGGCCUGCGAGACCCCGGAGACGCCGUACCACCUCUACAGCCCCAAACCUCGUAAGCACGCUUCGACGAGCCUGCAGCCGCCCGACGCGAAGGACGCGGACGCAUCGGCGACUCAGAAGCCCCAGGUGGUCUAUCGGACCGUAUUCCACACGAGAGUCAACCAGGACCUGGAGCGACGAGUUGACUCGCAACGCGGGACCAACGGCGAGGUCGCCGAGUGCGAGGGAGGGAGCGUGCCCAAAGGCUACGAGGAGAGGGCCUGCACUCUGGGCAGGAUGAGGUCCAUGCCCCGCCCCGUGCUGGACCUGCAGCUCUCCAAGUCCCUAUCCAAGUCCGACUCAAACCUAGUCGCCGUGUCGCCCAUACAGGAGGAAAACAUUUGGGAGUCUGCGUCACGGGGCCAAGACUCAGGGAGUUCGGGUGCAGGUGGCGACGGAACCACUCCGGCAGGAAAACUGGAAAGAACACCCUCGUUUACUGCCGAGUGGGAGGAGAUCGACAAGAUUAUGAGCUCCAUCGGGGCCGGAAUAGGCAGCGGGCUGGAUGUGAAAGAGCGCGACUCAGGUCCACGAUGCCCGCUGCAGUCGGUGGGCCAGUGGCUGGACUCCAUCGGCCUGGUCCAGUACGAGAACCACCUGCUGGCCAACGGCUUCGACAACGUGCAGUUCAUGGGCAGCAACGUGGUGGAGGACCAGGACCUGCUGGAAAUCGGCAUCCUCAACUCGGCCCACAGACAGCGCCUCCUGCAGGCCAUUCGGCUCCUACCCAGGGUGAGACCAAUCGGAUACGAUGGCAACAACCCGACGUCGGUGGCCGAGUGGCUGGAGUCGCUGGAGCUGGGCGACUACACCAAGUCCUUCUUGGUCAACGGCUACACGUCCAUGGAGCUGGUCAAGAAGAUCUGGGAGAUCGAGCUCAUCAACGUUCUGAAGAUUAGUCUGAUCGGGCACCGCAAACGAAUCUUGGCCUCGUUGGGGGACCGGCUCCACGAGGACACGCCCCAGAAGCCCCCGCGGGCCGUCUCCCUCCGGGAGCCCGGCGGCAACCACACUCCCCUCCAGCUCAGCCCGGCGGUGGGCCCAGCGGCGUACGCGGCGGCAGGGGUCCCGGGCGGCUCCUUGGACGUGCAGCACCUCAUCAUGCAGGCGGACGCGCGGCGGCGCCAGCGCAGCAACGACAACUACUUCGACGACGUGCCGAGAUCCAAACUGGAGCGGCAGAUGGCCCAAGUCAGCAUGGUGAGUGACGGCGCUCGUGUCUAUCCCCCCUCCCCUCCCCACCGACAUCUGAUUGGUUGUCGUUGGCAGGCGGGCGAGUGGUGCGAGCCCAUCACGUUGCGGCCGCCAAACGAGGCCACCUCGUCCACGCCCGUUCAGUACUGGCAGCACCACCCCGAGAAGCUCAUCUUCCAGUCGUGCGACUACGAAGCUUACUACCUGGGCUCCAUGCUGGUGAAGGAGCUGAGGGGCACCGAGUCGACGCACGACGCCUGCGCCAAGAUGAGGAAGUCGACGGAGCAGAUGAAGAAGGUGCCCACCAUCAUCCUCUCCGUGUCCUACAAGGGAGUCAAGUUCAUCGACGCCACCAAUAAGAACGUCAUCGCCGAGCACGAGAUCCGCAACAUCUCGUGCGCCGCUCAGGAUCCCGAGGACCUGUCCACCUUCGCCUACAUCACCAAAGACCUCAAGUCCAGCCACCACUACUGCCACGUCUUCACCGCCUUCGAUGUGAACCUGGCCUACGAGAUCAUCCUGACGCUGGGGCAGGCCUUCGAGGUGGCCUACCAGCUGGCGCUGCAGGCGCGCAAGAGCGGCCACGGCUCGUCCACGCUGCCCGAGAGCUUCGACAGCAAGCCCGGCAAGCCCGUGCCCAAGCCGCGCGGCCUCAACAUCCGCAAAUCCGUCAUCAUGUCGCCCUCGGGCCGCUGGUCACUGGGCCACAUUUACACCCCCCACCGGCCUCCUCUCCACCCUCCUCCUCUUCCUCCCUCCCGAUUCUUCCAUCUCGCUCAGUCGCAGAUGGAGCAGGCGUCCAUGGAGCAGAAGGGCCACGCCAACGUGCCGUGGAUAGUGGAGCCGGCUCAGGAGGCCAAGAGAGGAGUCAACACCAAGGCAGUGGCGGACGCUCAUGUCUUUUACUGUGGAAAUCAAAGAAUGUAGCCAGCCAUAAACACACGGACCUUGUCAGGCGUAACACGCACGCUCUUUACAAAGGACUACAAAUAUGGACUCCCUCGCAACCCCCCCCCCCCGCCCCCUCUCUGUUCCGCGUUUAAGCUUGACUGCUAUGUCCGGACCAGCGCGCGCGCACACACACAAAACGGGGGACUGAAUGAUCUGCUCCAACUUUUUUUUUUUUUGAGGGGAAGGUUACCAUGGAGAUGGACUUGUGGGCAUGUGUGAUUAUUAUUUUUUUUAUUAUAAUUUGGACUAAUUCUUCUGCUAUGAUGUUUAAUACAGUAUGAGAGUAUUAAAAGACCACCCUGAUGAUCUUGUGCAAUUCUUAUCAUGUCACAUUAUUUUUCUACGCGUUUGAGAUUGCUGGCCGCCCCCCUCCUUUAAAAAACAAACACACAAAAGGAAGCGUGAAUGUGCAGACCUCCGUCCCACCUCUCUGGACUGUGUUCUACUACUGUACGUAUAAGAUCCAAGGCUAUGAAAUGUACAUAAAUAUUUUGCCAACUCAUUGUUGAUAGCUGUAAUGUAAAAGAUGGACCGAGCGUUUGUGGCAAUGGAAACAAAAGCUAAACAAAGACAAAAAGGAAGACACGUGCUAGAUGAUUCUAUAGGUAAUGUAUUUGGAGUGACAUUCAUGUAUAUAGGCUUGGAGCUUCCAGCACGCUGAUUUUUGUAAUUUUAUGCCAUUAUUUAUAACCCUGUAAAGCACACAUGGAAUAAAAUAUGACUUGUACAACCAUGA